CAUUCUUUCCCCUCCUCUGAGACAGAGAGAGCAGCUGCAGGCAGGCAGGCAGGGCGCUUGAGGCCGCCUCCUCCUCCUGCUCCUCGCGGGCUUCACAUGACCGGCUUUCCUCACUGGCUCCUGGGCUGGGCUUGAGGCCAACAGAGUCGAGGAGGGAAGGAGGCAGGAGAGGGGCGCGUCAUGGCGGCGCAUCUGAACUCGGGCCGGGUCAACCUGAUGGCGCUGAGGGAGGCCGGCCGCAAGGAGCUGCGCGAAUUCCUCGACAAGUGCGCCGGCUCCAAGGCCAUUGUGUGGGACGAGUAUCUUACUGGACCAUUUGGACUGAUUGCACAAUAUUCACUUCUAAAGGAACAUGAGGUAGAGAAGAUGUUCACUCUCAAAGCAGGCCGCCUCCCGCCUGCUGAUGUCAAGAAUAUUAUUUUCUUUGUCAGACCAAGACUAGAGCUCAUGGACAUAAUUGCUGAAAAUGUGCUCAGUGAAGACAGAGUCCGUGGUCCACAGAGGGAUUUCCACAUCUUGUUUGUACCACACCGCAGCUUGUUGUGUGAACAACAGCUGAAUGAUCAGGGAGUCUUGGGCUCCUUCAUUCAUAAAGAGGAGUACAGCUUGGACCUCAUUCCAUUUGAUGGAGACCUGUUAUCCAUGGAGUCUGAAAGUGCCUUUAAAGAGUGUUACUUAGAAAAUGACCAGACCAGCCUCUAUCAAGCAGCAAAGGGACUCAUGACACUCCAGGCACUUUAUGGAACAAUCCCACAGAUCUUUGGGAAGGGGGAAUGUGCACGGCACGUGGCAAAUAUGAUGAUCAGGAUGAAGCGGGAGAUUUCUGGGAGCCAGAAUCCAAUCUUCCCGGUCUUUGAUACCCUCUUGCUGCUUGACCGCAAUGUAGACUUGAUGUCACCUCUGGCCACGCAGCUGACGUAUGAGGGGCUUAUUGAUGAAAUCUAUGGGCUUCAGAAUACUUACGUGAAACUCCCUCCUGAAAAGUUUGCCCCCAAGAAGCAAGGGGAGGGUGGCAAGGAUCUCCCCACGGAGCCCAAGAAACUGCAGCUGAAUUCUGCCGAGGAGCUCUACGCAGAGAUCCGAGACAAGAACUUCAAUGCUGUGGGCUGUGUGCUGAGCAAGAGAGCCAAAAUAAUCUCAGCUGCAUUUGAGGAAAGGCACCAUGCUAAAACUGUUGGAGAGAUCAAACAGUUUGUCUCACAGCUGCCCCACAUGCAAGCAGCAAGAAGCUCUUUAGCUAACCACACUUCCAUUGCGGAGCUCAUCAAAGAUAUCACUACAUCAGAAGACUUCUUUGAUAACUUAACAGUGGAACAAGAGUUCAUGUCAGGAAUAGACACUGAUAAGGUCAACAAUUACAUUGAAGACUGUAUAGCCCAAAAGCAUCCCUUGAUCAAGAUAUUGAGACUUGUUUGCCUGCAGUCAGUGUGCAACAGUGGGUUGAAACAGAAGAUUCUGGAUCAUUAUAAAAGAGAGAUUCUUCAGACUUAUGGCUAUGAACACAUCCUGACUUUAAAUAAUCUAGAAAAAGCAGGACUCUUGAAGGCCCAAUUAAGCAGUAGAAAUAACUACCCAACAAUUCGGAAAACAUUGCGCCUGUGGAUGGAUGAUGUCAAUGAGCAGAAUCCCAAUGAUAUCUCCUAUGUAUACAGCGGCUAUGCCCCUCUAAGUGUGCGCCUGGCACAACUGCUUGCCCGUCCAGGGUGGCGAAGCAUAGAAGAAGUGUUAAAGAUGCUUCCAGGUCCGCACUUUGAAGAGAGGCAGCAAUUGCCUACAGGGCUUCAAAAAAAGCGUCAGCAUGGAGAAAACAGAGUCACUUUGGUGUUUUUCUUGGGUGGAGUGACAUAUGCUGAAAUUGCAGCCCUGCGCUUUCUGUCUCAAAUGGAAGAUGGGGGCACAGAGUAUGUCAUUGCCACAACAAAACUGAUCAACGGAACAAGCUGGAUAAAAUCUCUGAUGGAGAAGCUGGAGCCUCCACCGUUUUAGAAUGAGAGUCUGUUCAAAUAUGAAAUGAUACCACUGUGGGAUCAGGGCUGGUAUCUUCAUAAGAAGCAGGGAAGGAAGUAUCUGGCAGUGGAAACAACUUCUGGAAUUGCUGUUGGAUACAGAGGAGGACGUAUGCUGUUCUUGCUUUGACUCUGUUCUGAACUUUGACAUGAACUGAUACCUGUGAAGGAGGGAAGGAUAGAAAUGAAAUGUCACAAAUGAAGAUAGUUCCUUGUGUUGGUUUCUGAAAUACAGGCCUGGGAGGAAGCUUAAAUCUUGUGAUCUGGGUUUUGCCUGGGCCCUACAGUGCAUCCACUAGCAUCAUUUCCAGAUUAUCUUUUUAUCUGCAUUUUUUGCAGUUUCUAAACAUAUAUUUGGGGGUGAACGUAUUCCACAAUUCUGUACAUGUCUCAAUAAGAUCUUCCUGGUACCUCACUCCCUCACCACUUUCUACCGUCCCUUUUUGGUAUUGGUAGACCUGUAAACAUUUAUGUUCCCUCCUAGCCCACAAUUCUGCACGUCCCAUGAAGGCAUGUUUGUAAAAAUAUGAUUGUAAAAAGUUCAGAAAAUGGCUUCAGUUCCGCAGCCCCCCCCAUUUAUAUGAUGCAGCUUCUAGCACCCCCUUCUCUAAGGACAGUGUUUUUCUUCCUCACCACACAUCCUGGGACAUCCAGCAACAAAUCUGUCACUUUUCCCACAGUUUUUUCUGCAGAAACAAGAGUAUUCUCAUUGUUGAUGCACGUUGUAAAAAUAUCUACAUCUCUUAUUUUGUCCCAGCAUUUCCUUAGAAGUUUCCAAGACCUUACAUUAAACUUGCUUGUAAAAUUUACAGUGAACGUAAUGGUGGGGAGUGUAAGAGGAGUAUGGAGCAUUUUUGUGUGCCUCCAUUUCUAUUCCUUUUUUCUCUAAAACCAGUCAGCAGUGGUCAUAAUGAAACGGAUGGUUUUUGAGGGUGCUGGAAUUGUUCUACAAGAAGCAUAUUUAAGGAGACAAAUGUUUAUUAUAAAGAUGCAAUCCCAACAAGUU